AUGAUUGCGGGGUUUGUUCAAUGUGGGAAGCCUAAGGAAGCAGUUCUCUAUUUAGAGAUGGAAUGGAAGUGGGCUGGGGUCGGUGGUUUAGGGUUUAAGUUUUCAUUGGAGGAGGAGGGGGGAGGAUCGGCGGGGAUUCUUGAAUGUAGAUCCAUUUUUGUCACAUUGGAUGCAGUAGUUCAGUUGUCUUGCCAUUCAUAA